GUUGAGCCUCCGGUUCCUUCGCCCCCAACUGCUGUGCAGAAUUUCCUCCUUACCUGUCCAGGUACUUUCUGACUCCUGACCGUUAUUCCUAUGAUGGGAAUUCUGAUCAUGGACUCUUAGAAUACAGUGGUACCUCAGGGUUCCUCAGGAAAUGUCCCGGGAGCGAAGCAGCAAGUCGGCCCCACCGGGCCUGAUCCACCGGCUGGACCACCUGGUGAUGACAGUCCGGAGCAUUGAGGACACAGCCGCCUUCUACUCCCGUGUCCUCGGCAUGGAAGUCGUCUCCUUCAAGGGAAACCGCCAAGCUCUGCAUUUUGGCCAACAUAAGUUCAACCUCCAUGAGGUGGGGAAGGAAUUCGAACCCAAAGCCCACCAGCCGACUCCUGGCUCUUUGGACCUCUGCCUCGUCACAGAGAUGCCUCUGGAACAGCUGGUGGAACACCUGAAGGUAUGUGGGGUCAGCAUUGAAGAAGGCCCAGUGGUCAGAACUGGGGCGCUUGGCCCAAUAAAAUCUGUUUAUUUCCGAGACCCGGACCUUAAUCUGCUGGAAGUUUGCAACUACGGUGGGAGUGACUUGUGAAAUUUCCAAUUUCCAGAGAGAAAUAAUGGAAAGUGACACUAAAUGACUUUGUUGUUGUUUAGUCGUUUAGUCGUGUCCAACUCUUCAUGGCCCCGUGGACCAGAGCAUGCCAGGCACUCCUGUCUUCCACUG